AUGGGUCUACCUGUGAAAGGAACGUCGAUAGGUUGGGCUGAGACGGAAAACGCAGCCCCAGAGAUUCGGAGAUGGGCAACUGAGCAAUUGCUAUGCCUUUGGCGUCGACAACGGCAUCGUACAGAUAGCGUCGCAUCGUGGGGUGAUGAGAUUGAAUACAGCUUGUUCAAUCUAGACCCCAGAACCGAGCGGGCAACAUUGUUGUUGGAUCAGGAGAAGGUGAUCCGACAGUGGCAAGAAAGUCCAGCCAGCAAGGAAGAGCCGGUUAUUCUUCAAUGGGAGUGGGCCAACUAUGUCGUUGAGACAACUCCCGCCAAACCAUACACUGGGAGUAUCGAAGAUCUCCUGAAUGUGCAGAAAAAUAUGAAGAGAAGACGAGAAAUUGUGAACGGUUUCCUUAUGCCAAACCAGCAUACCCUUUCACUAUCCUUCUUCCCUCGUGCCGGAGCAGAUGGCCAAUGGACAACUCCACAUGGCCAGAACGAGACAUACCACUCCGUAUGCUCUCUUCCACGAUAUCGAAUUGUACCGGAAAAUAUUAUCGGACGGAGAGAAACAUCUAAGGAGACUUGUUACCCAAUCUACCAAGACACGCAGACGCCUCCGUUCUAUGAUAUCUUACCCUCGGGUGAAGAAGUCAGAAAUCACCUUUGUUUAGACGACCUCGAGAUCGGAAUUGGUUGCUGCAGUCUUCAAACAACCUUCCAAACAUCAAACGAAUCAGAAGCCCGCUGGCUCCACGACCAGCUAAUACCCCUCGCCCCGAUCUUCCUCGCCAUGACCGCCGCCGUGCCAAUAUGGAAGGGAUACCUAGUUGACACAGACGUCCGAUGGCAACGGUUCGGCGAUGUGCUCGACGACCGUCGCCCAGAAGAAAUGGCAACUAUCGUAGGUCUCCUCCCAUUCACCAGACUCGCACGAGAUCUGACUAGAGAAUGUCAGCCUCCACGCUGGACCUGGAAUCGCACAUACAUCUCAGAAGAAAAACCAUCAGGUCUUGAAAGUACCUCACCACUUCAACCAAUGAACCCAGCAAUAAAACAACGCCUUCUAGACGGCGGCAUGGACGAAUCCCUAGCCACGCACUUCGCAUCCAUCCUCUCCCGCGACCCACUCAUCCUAACACAAGACGAUAUGGACAAUCUCAACACAUCGAAUACGAAGCUCUUCCAGCUUUUGCAGAGCUGCGUCUGGCAUGCCGUUCGCUUCAAGCUUCCCAUCACCGAUGCAGGACCAGGGUGGUGUAUCGAGUUCCGCACGAUGGAAUCCCAGCUCACGGAUGAAGCGAAUGCGGCAUUCGCUAUCUUCUCCUACUUACUAUCCAGGGCGAUAGUCACUAUGCAUCUGAACUUUUAUAUCCCUAUUGACAAAGUGGGCGAGUCAAUGGAGUUUGCGAAAGAGCGCGAUGCUGUGAGGCGGGGACGGAUGUGGUUCCGGCGGACUGGAUGGUCUGGCUCUACUGCUAUUUCCGGGUCGAUGUGUAGGGAACAUACGCAUCGGAUGAAUGGUGUGGCAAAGGGGGAAUAUGCGUUUAUGACGGCGGAUGAGAUUUUCAAUGGCGAGUCUGGACCAGAUGGGUUCCCGGGGCUGGUGGCUAUUGUGCGGCUUUAUUUGGAGCAGAGUAAGAUGCCAGAGGCGGAGCAGGCUAAGUUGGAAUCGUAUCUGGAGCUGGUUAGCAAGCGAGCGAGUGGCGAGAAUCCAACGCCGGCGACUUGGAUGAGGGAAUUUGUUCGUUCGCACGAGGAUUAUCGGCAGGACAGCUAUGUUAGUGAGCGUGUUUGCUAUGAUCUGAUGAGGGAGAUUGUUCGAAUGAAUGAAGAAUGA